AUGACACGAAAGUAUAUAAAGAAAAGCACUACGAAACAGUACGACAACAAUGAUUUACAGCAGGUUAUCGAGGCAGUAAGAAAUGGAUCGUCUAUACGAGAUGCUGCAAAUAACUAUCACGUUCCUUAUACUACGUUAAACUCACAUGUCAAUUAUUUCGUAUUAUAUGAUGAACCCGGUCGACCAACAAAGUUUAGUGAACUGGAAGAGAAGUAUUUAGAAGAAGCGGCUCUCGCUUUACAGGUAAAAUUCUUUCUAAUCACGAAUAUUUAUGACAUUUUACUUCCGAAGAAUUGGGGACGACCUUUGAUGAUUGAUGAAUUUCUCGAAAUGGCCAAGGAAUACGCCGCUUCUCUCAAUAAAAGUCACUUAUUUUCAUCAGGAACGCCAUCGUACGACUGGUUUCGUUCUUUUUUGCAUCGACACAAAAAUCUCAUUUUGAAAAAGUCACGUCCAUUAGAGAAAAAACGAGCAUCAGUUACAAUGGUACAAGUAGAUGCUUGGUUUGACAUAUUGUCCAGAGUUAUUCGUGAGAACGACUUAUUAAAUCGUCCAGGACAAAUAUUCAACUGCGAUGAGACAGGUUUGUCCGAUCGUAUCAGUUAUUCGAAAGUGCUAGUUCGUCGACGAACAUCUAAUGCCUAUCGAACUCAAGGUGGCACUGAUGGAAAAUCAUACACAAGCGUUAUGUUCUGCGCCUCAGCAACUGGUUUUCUCUUGCCUCCGUUUGUUAUUUACAAAUCGAAACGGCUGUUCCAAGAAUGGUGUACUGGUGGACCUACUGAUACUGGUUACAGCAAUUCUGACAAUGGUUGGAUCAAUCAUCAGUUGUUCUACGAAUGGUUUGAUCAAAUCUUUUUGAAACAUACGAAAGAUUUGCCUCGUCCAUUGGUUUUAAUUGCUGAUGGUUUGAGCAGUCAUUUCAAAGUCGAAACAUUGAGACUGGCUGUCCAGCAUGAAGUUAUAAUUCUAUGUCUACCAUCGAAUGCAACUCAUAUCUUACAACCUUUGGACCUGGUGUUUUUUAAUACAUUGAAACUGAACUGGAAAACAGUAUUGAGAAAGGAAUAUGAUCGAACGCAAAAUAAAAACAUCAACAAAAACAGAUUUCCAGCUUUGCUGAGUGAGCUGUGGACAACCAAUGCUAUUACUGGAAAAAUAAAUAUCGUUAAAUCAUUUAUUACUUCGGGUGUAUUUCCAUUGAAUCGUCAUGCUAUUGAUAAUUCACGUAUUUUACAAUCAAACGCCUCUGUUAAUACGCUGUCAUCAUCAAUUGGUACGAAUGGGAAUAACACGACAGCUACACCAUUAUUCAACAGUGUUCAGCCGGUCAUACUACCUCCAGUACCAGCUGAUACGUCGAAUUCGGAUCAAUAUGACUCGUCUUCUUUUGGAACGUCACAGAAUGCAAUUGCUACUCUGAGUCAAAUACUUGAUAUCACAGCAUUACAAAGUAAUUCUCGUGGACGUGACACGGUGGAUAUGAAUGUCCACGCUAAUUACGUCGAUGGUGAAGAAGAUGAAGCCGGUGACGAAGGAGACGAUGGUGAAGAAGAUGACGCCGGUGACAAGGAUGUUCGUGAUGAAGAUGAUGACGAAGACGACGCUGAAGACAACGAUAGUGAUGAAAGCUACGUUCCUCACUCAUCAUCAUCAUCAAAAGCACGCGCAAAACGGAGGAGAUCAUCGUCAAGAACCACGCGUACUGACUCGAGUGACGAAGAUUUUCAUAUGGACGUAUCGUAUCAAGACUCAAUAGUUUCCUCCAAUAACACUGCUCAAAAAUCUGUAAGAAACACCACCAAAACAUCGAAAGAAAAGAGACAAUCUUUAUCGGCAACAUCCAAAAGAAAACGGAAACGAGUUUCAUUCGAUAUUAUGGGCUUCAAUUCUUGCGAAGAAGAUGCAGACGUGCCAUCUGACAAGUCACCGGAUCCGCAUACAGCUAUACAAAAUACACUGAAAAUUCGUCUGAUACAUUAUCAUAAGCAGUGCCUUUUUUCUGAAUCAUCGUUUAAUUUAUCACUUACCUACUCGUCUUCGUCAAGUAUUUCUCAAUGUUUUCAUGCAUUAUAUGCACAAGAAUUCUUUCUAGGUGUACCGGUGUGA